AUGACUAUUGAUGUAAACGAUGAAAAAACAAAUAAGUAUUUAACAUUUUAUGUUAAUCGAAAAAAAAUUAUUGAAAAAAAUGCUGAACCACAUUGGACGUUAGUUUAUUAUUUGAGAACGAAAUUAAAUUUAACUGGUACAAAAAUUGCCUGUGGAACUGGUGGUUGUGGUUCAUGUACAAUUGUUGUCUCGAAAUAUAAUUCUAUAACCAAAUCGAUUACUCAUUUUAGUGUUAAUUCAUGUUUAACACUCUUAUGUACAUUGGAUGGUUGUCAUAUAUUAACUAUUGAAGGUCUUGGUUGUACACACAAAUCAAAUGGAAAUUUACAUCCAAUACAACGAACAAUUGCUGAAAAUUAUGCUUCACAAUGUGGUUUUUGUACGCCUGGUAUGUGUAUGUCACUUUAUGAUACAUUGGUCAAUUGUUCUCCUCAAAAACAACCAACAUUACAAGAUAUCGAAGAUACAUUUAAUGGAAAUCUUUGUCGAUGUACAGGUUAUCGACCAAUUUUAGAUGGUGCAAAAAAAUCAUUUGCUGAAAAAGAAGUUCUUGAAGAAUAUGCAGUAGAUUUUCCUGUCGAAUUAAAAGAAGAAUAUGUACCAAAAGCAAUUCAUAUCAAAGGUAAAGAUUUUAGUAACAUAAUUCUCAAUACAUUGACUUACAAAACUAUAGGCACAGACAUCGAAUUUUAUCAACCACUUACACUUGAUCAUCUUUUCGAUCUUCGAAAACAAUAUUCUAACCCUGAUCAGUUUCAUUUUAUUGCUGGUAAUACUGGAGAAAAUUUCGAUAAUAUUGUUCAUCAACAUUCUUAUUCAAUUCUUAUUCAUCUUAAUCAAAUCCCUGAAUUACAAGAAAUAGUUGAAAAAUCCGAAGGUCUUCAAAUUGGUUCAUGUGUUACACUAUCACGAUUAAAAUCUAACAUACAACAAAAUCAACAAUCCCAACAAGUUUACAAAAUUCUUUCUGAACAACUUGAAUUUAAUGCUUGUCGACAAAUACAAAAUCAAGCAACUAUUGGAGGACACGUAUUGAAUCAUAGUCGUAAACAUACAUCUGAUCUCUUGCCAAUACUUUAUGUGUGUGAAACAAAAUUACGAUUUAUUCACUUAGCCAAUAAAAAUGAAAUUGAAAUUGAAAUUAAAAAUCUCGAUAAAACUGAUAAAACUGACCUUUUGCUUGUAUCGGUAUUUAUUCCAUUUGUGAAAACUGAUGAACAUUUACAAUCUUAUAAACAAGCUCAUCGACGUAAACAUGAUACAGGAAUCGUGACUGGUGCAUUUCGAUUAAAAUUAGAUGCAAAUGGCAAAUUAAUCAAGUUAUUUAAUAUGGCCUUUGGUGGUUUUCAUGAUGGUGUAAUUCUAGUACCAGAGAACACGAUGAAUUAUGUGAAUAGUGGUAAAUUAGAAUGGACACAAAAUAAUAUUAUGGACAAUGUAAAGAAUGAAUUGUUGAAGGAAGUACAACUGGAUCAAUUCUCUCAGAAUGGACAACAUGAAUAUCGUCGUACUCUCAUGAUUUCAUUUCUAUUCAAAUUCUACUUACAUGUAACAAAUAACGCAGAACAACUUUUUUCAAAAAACCGUCCCAUUUCCCAUGGUGAACAAAUAUUUGAUGCAUCAAACCAAACUAAAUAUGUUCAUCAACCAUUGAUUCAUCAUAAUGCUUAUAUUCAUACGACUGGUGAAGCAAAAUAUGUUGAUGAUCUACCGUCACAACAGAAUACAUUGCACGGUGCAUUAGUACUCAGUAGUAAAGCUCAUGCAAAUAUCUUAUCAAUUAAUACAGAAAAAGCUGAAUUAAUUCCAGGUUUUGUUAAAUUUUAUUCACAUCAUAAUAUACCACCAACAGGAACGAAUAAACAUGGUCUAGUAAUAAAAGAUGAAGAAAUAUUUCCUUCAAAAGUUGUUCAUUGUAUGGAUAUGAUAAUUGGUUUAUGUGUAGCUGAUACUGAAGAACAUGCAAGACAAGCUGCUGAAUUAGUAAAAAUUGAAUAUGAAGAAUUGAGUCCAUUAAUUCUGUCAAUUGAUGAAGCAAUAGAACAUGAAAGUUAUUUAGGUCCACCUGGUAAACAAGAAAAAUUAUUACAAAUUGGAGAUAUAGAUGAAGGAUUUAAAAAAUCAGAUCAUAUCUUAGAAGGAACAUUUUAUAUUGGUGCACAGGAACAUUUUUAUAUGGAACCAAAUGCUUAUCUUGUACAGCCUGUUAGUGAAGGACAUUAUACACAAUUACAUGUUUAUUCAACAACACAAGCAAUGACUCAAUUACAAACAGCAAUUGCAGAAGUUUUAGGUCUUAAUGCAAAUGAAGUUACUUGUCAUGUUACACGUGUUGGUGGUGGUUUUGGUGGUAAAGAAUCACGAAAUAUGAUUCCAUGUAUCGCAAUUGCUUUAGCUGCUUAUGAGCUACAACUUCCCGUACGUUUACGUCUUACACGUGAAGAAGAUAUGAAAAUAACUGGUCAUCGUCAUCCAUUUAAAACUCUUUAUAAAGUUGGUUUUCUUAAAAAUGGAAAAUUGAAAUCUCUUGAUAUACAUCUUUUUGGUAAUGGUGGCUGUUCAGCAGAUUCAAGUCUUUUUAUGCUUGAACGUACAAUGACACAUUGUGAUAAUAUUUAUAAAUGUGAAAAUAUGCGAGUACGAGGACGAGCGUGUCGAACGAAUCUACCGAGUAAUACUGCAAUGAGAGGAUUUGGUGCACCAGAAGGUCUAUUAGCAGCUGACAUUAUACUCGAUCAAAUUAGUACUUAUUUACAACCAAAUGGAGAUUCAUCAAUUAUACGUGAAUUAAAUAUUUAUAAACCCGGAGAGAAAACAUAUUUUAAUCAAACAAUUGAAAAGAAAGAUUGGCAUGUACCAGAAAUGUGGACAAAAUUAAAAAAAACAGCUGAAUAUGAAAAACGCUUGAAAGAUGUUGAAGAAUUCAAUAAAAAUAAUGAAUUUCGAAAACGAGGAUUAAAUAUGACUGGAACAAAAUUUGGUAUUGGAGUUACAUCAGCUUUAUUUUUUCAUCAAGCUGGAGCAUUAGUAAAUAUUUAUAAGGAUGGAAGUGUGUUAAUUACACAUGGAGGAGUUGAAAUAGGUCAAGGUCUUCAAGUGAAAAUGAUGCAAAUUACAGCUGAACAACUUGAUAUUGAUAUGUCACUUGUUCGUUUAUUUGAAACUGCAACUGAUAAAAUACCAAAUACAACAGCAACAGUUGGAUCAUUAUCAGCAGAUAUCUACGGUCCAGCAUUGAUUAAUGCUUGUCAACAAAUAAAUAAAAAUCUUGCACCAUUAAAACGUAAACAUCCAACUUUAACAUGGCCAAAACUAUGUGAACAAGCAUAUAAUGAUCGUAUACAAUUAUUUGCCAGUGGUUUUUAUAGUGUACCGGACAAGUUUAUAAAGAAUAAUUUCGAAAAUAGUGAAGUUAAUUUUAUGUAUUUUACACAAGGAGUUGGAAUGAGUGAAGUUGAAAUUGAUUGUUUAACUGGAGAUUUUCAUAUUUUAAGAACAGAUAUUUUAAUGGACUUUGGAAAAUCGUUGAAUCCAUCCAUUGAUAUUGGACAAAUUGAAGGUGCAUUCAUGCAAGGUGUUGGUUAUCUUACUAUGGAAGAACUUAUACAAGGUGAUUCUCAACAUCCAUGGAUUUCUCAACAAGGUUCUCUUCAUAAUGCUGAUCCAAAUAAAUAUAAAAUUCCAAUGGCAAAUGAUGUACCAAUUGAUUUUCGUAUUACACUUUUAAGUGAACAUGAAUCAAGUGAACAUGCUGUUGUUUAUUCAUCGAAAGCUGUUGGUGAACCACCUCUAUUUCUAUCGGCAACUGUAUAUUUUGCUAUAAAACAUGCUAUUUCAGCGUAUCGUCCAGGAAAAGAAUCAUUUACAUUAAAUAUACCAGCAACAUGUGAACGAAUUCGAAUGGCAUGUAAAGAUCAAAUAAUUGAUUCCGUAAUUCCAGAUUGCAAAGACAAAGAAUUUCAACCGUUAGGUAGUUUCUAA